UCUGCAGAUGAUCUGGAGAUAUGUCUUCUCUCCAGAUAAUUGCCUUUCUGGUAGCUGUGGCUGACUUGGCCCUCUGUGGGCUCAUCUCCAAUGGCUUUAUAGUUGCAGUGAAGAUUACUGAAUGGGCUAAAAGCAAGAGACUCACUUCCAGUAAUCAACUACUUCUGAGUAUUGGUAUAUCCAAUUUCAGCACCACAAUUUUACUGACUGUGUAUGUCCUCUGUGCAUUUUCAACUGAUACCGGGAAUAGCAUAAUACUGCAAAUACUCAAUGGCAUCACGGCCUUUGCCGUAGUCUCCAGAUUUUGGCUUACUGGAUUGCUCUGCAUCUUUUAUUGCAUCAAGAUAGUGAACAGCAACCAUUCACUUUUCCUUUGGUGCAAAAUGAGGAUAUCAUGGCUAAUACCCCAGCUUCUCGUGGGAUCUCUAGUCAUCUCCAUGAUUACUUCCAUUUAUUCCGUCCUAUACAAUUCCGCUUCUAUACAAUCCAAGAGCAACACAACAGCCAACAUUAGAAAUGUGACACAAGCAAAGACAUUGAUAUCUUCUUCCCAACUGCUGCUUUUAAGUAUUUGUUCUGGCUGUCCCCUUCUCGUGGUUUUACUUUGCUCCAUACUGGUUGUUGCCUCGCUGUGCCGACACGUCUGCUGGAUGACAAGUAAAGAAUCCAGUUUUAGGAGCCUCCAAGCAGAAGCUCAUGUCAGGGCAGCUGGGACAGUGCUCUCCCUCUUGAUCCUUUACCUUUUACUUUAUCUGACAUGGAACGUGGCUGUGCUAAUACAUACCUAUAAAAAUCAAUUCGUAUUUGUGUUGUUGGUGUACGCCCCUGCUCAGGCUACCAUCUUGAUAUUGGUUAACCCUAAACUAAACCAGGAAGCUACCCAUAUGCUUACAAGAACAAAGUCUUGA